AAACUUCAAAAACAAAUUUGAAAGCUGUGUGUAGUAAUAAUUACGUGAUCUAGGACCUACAGUGUGUGCCAUUGUAAAGACUGUAAAUCAGUCCCUCCCAGCCUCGUUUUUGUAUGUUAAAUUCAAUACCAGACUAAGGAAUAGGCUACUUUUGCAGGUUUUGUAUAACUUGUGAUGAAACUAGAAACCACACUGAAUGUUCUCACAAAAAACUGUGACAUUGUUUUGAGAAUAAAUAACUCAUCUGGUGCUAUGAUAGUAGGGGGCUGGUGUUUGAAGCUUUAAAGUUUUUUUUUUUUCUUUUUAGCUUUUCUCUGUGCUGAUGCUGGUAGUUCAAAACUGCAGAAUUCACAUUUUUUAAAAAUAAAUAUAUUACAUAAAAAUCAGAUGCAAAUAAUUCUUCAAUUUACAUAAAUUACAGCACUCACACACACUCUAGAAAAAGAAAAAAAUUAAGACCAUGUUAGUUAUAACAUGCUAACCUAUGUAAAACUCCUACUAUUUCUGCAUUGUAUACAGUAGCAUGUAAACUCUGCACAAAUUUUCUGCAUUCAUUGAAAACCGGGUGACAGUACAUAUGCCAAAUGUGCAGUAUAACAACAAAGUACUCAAUUUUCCAUUUCCAUUGUGAAGAAAAGUAUAGCCAUGAUUUUGAACAAUUCUUGAUUAACUCUUGAUUUCAAUAAUUGCUGAAAGCUACAAUAUAGUGAAUAAACAAAAAUGGAUUUUAUUGAGGAUUAAGAUAUAACUUAAAGGAAUAGUUCACCCCAAAAAAAUGACAAUUUGCUGAAAAUGUACUUAACCUUGGAGAAAUUUAGCAUUACAUCACUUGCUCACCAAUGGAUCCUCUGCAGUGAAUGGGUACCGUCAGAAUGAGAGUCCAGACAGCUGAUAAAAACAUCACAAGUAAUCCAAUCCAUCAGUUAAUGUCUUGUGAAGACAAAAGCUGUGUGUGUAUAUAGGAAACAAAUCUAUCAUUAAGGCAUUUUAACUUUAAACUGUUGCUUCCAGCCAAAAUACAAGUCCAUAAUCAACAAUGCUUCCUCCAGUGGAAGAAGCCAUCCACUAGAUUUGGUUUGUACUGUUUUCAGUUGUAAAUGGUGCUUGAUCUGCAUAUUUCACUUUUUCACUGGAGUAAGCAAUAUUUAAAAAAAAAAAAAAAAAAAAUGGAAUUAAAACUUAAUGAUGGAUAUGCUUAUUACAAACACCCAGGAUUUUGCUUCACAAGACUGAUGGCCUGGAGUCUUGUGGAUUACUUAUGAUAUUUUUGGAACAGCUUUAUGCUAUAGUGAAAAAUGUGGCUCCAGAAUACUAUGGCCCCUGCGGCCCUUUAAGACGCUCGUUCUGGGAGGUGCUUGAGUUUAGUUCAACACACCCGCCUGACGCUUCGCUCGACGCCCAGGAAGAGAAACACCACACGUCUAUCGCCACAAGUUUAAAUAUGACAAUUCAUUUGGUGUUUUGACGUGUAUUCUGUCGUGAUUACGUUCCUGUAGUGGUAUUGAGGGUAAUAAUGCUGGAUGGUUGGACUAAUGAAGUUCAGUUUGGAUUUCUGCCGGUUACUGGGGCUCAGCGGCUCCAGUGAUGAGAGGCCAGAGGAGAUGGACACAGGUGCCCUCCCCGAGCAGAAUGACCAUACACUCUCACAGGAUGUCUUAAAUGGUGAGGAGGGUCUUAGUGAGGAGGAGAAGGCCAGACGGAAAGCAGAGAGACGCAAAGCCAAAAGGAAGCGUCAACGUCAGCGGAAGAAACUAGAGCGGGGUAAAAAGGACGAAAGUACUGAACAGGGGGAGGAGAAUGCCGGAGCUGAUUCUGAACUUGACGAUUCUGAGGAGUCUGAGCCAGAGGAGGAGGAAUGUAUUGGUCUUUCAGAGGUGGAAGAGAAGCCAGUUGCUCCUCAAAGUAAAAGUCCUUCUGGACCUCCACUGGCAUCAGGGAACAAAAGCAACCGGCAGCCGGGGGCCCGUUCUAGUGAGGAGGACCCAGGCUGGGAUGUGAACAGUGCUUUUGUUGCCAAUGCCGUCAGUCACAUUCGACCCAAAGCUAAAAGUAAAGGAGCUCACAAAUCGAAAGAGAACAAGGAAAAUGAGAGCAGGACAGGAGAAGUCAUAGGUUUAUCAGAUGCUAAAACUAAAAGAAGUGCCUUACUAGUAGAAAAAGGGAUUCGAUUUGUUCAGGAGGGUCAGUACACACAAGCUGUUAGUCUGUUUACAGAGGCCAUCAAAUGUGACCCGAAAGACUACAGGUUUUUUGGAAAUCGCUCCUACUGCUACUAUUGUUUGGAGCAGUAUCCUCUGGCCCUCGCAGAUGCUGAGAAGUCCAUCCAAAUGGCUCCUGAUUGGCCCAAAGGCUAUUACCGCAGGGGAAGUGCACUUAUGGGGCUUAAGAGGUACAGUGAAGCUGAGAGAGCCAUGGAACAGGUGCUAAAACUGGACCAAGAUUGCGAAGAAGCAGUCAAUGACCUCUUGUACUGUAAAGUGCAACAACUUUUGGAUCUUGGCUAUGAUGAGGAACAGAGUAUUCAAUUGCUGGAAAAAUACAACACGGUGCAGGCUGUUGUUGCAGCCAAGGCUUCAAAUCAGGACUGUGCUCUCCUCCAACCAGGUCCUUGCAGUUCCCUGUGGGUGGGCAACGUGACCACAGAACUGACAGAGAAACAUUUGCGAGACCUGUUCAAAAUUUAUGGAGAAAUUGACAGCAUUCGGGUUCUGCAUGAACGUUUCUGUGCAUUUGUUAACUUUAAGAAUGCCAACAUGGCCUCCCGUGCGAUGGAGAAACUCAAUGGACAUUUUAUUGAGAAUACCCGACUAGUGGUUCGAUAUCCAGAUCGACGGAUUCAGAGAGUCCUGCCAACGCCUGCCAUUCAACAACCUGCAGGGGCUGCUGGGCCAAGACGCAGAGGUCCUGUCAAUGGAGACGAGUGUUACUUCUGGAGGACCACCGGCUGUCAUUUUGGAGAUAGGUGUCGCUAUAAGCACAUUCCCGAUCAUCGAGGCAAAGACUGGCAACCUUGAGUCAACACUAGCCUCUCUUUUUCUCUCCCCUAAGAACUCUGGGAGACGACUGCAUGACUGUAGGGACUGUAAUCUUUACUUUUGAUUAUCUGUAGGUCAGGACCAGUAUUGUGGAUCAGAGUCUUACGAUGGCUCUCUUGAGUGCUUCACUGUCAGACUCCGAACCUCACGGGGUUUCAAAGCAGACGGGACUCUGGGAAAAGUGUCUCUCUUUAGGUGAGGUUUGGGUGGUGCAGAGUGCCAGAGCAUCGCUGCACCGCAUCGCCGUCUGCUGAGGUUUACACGGCCUCUCAUAUCGUAUGCUCUCUUCUCUCUUCCUGUGCCAACUCCACCAACCCAAAGAAGAGCCGUAGAUCUGGUCUGACAUUUGAGUUCAUUCCGAGAGAAUGACUUUGAUUCUGUAUUUGAGGAUGGGAGAAACGUACCAAAGAAUAAUACUAUGCCAUAUGUGGAUUUUUACAUUGAGAGAGAAGAGGGCUUUCAGGGAAAAUUAGCUUAUUAGUUUUACUUGUGUGUUUUGAUUUGUUUCCACCACCUCAGACACACUCCAGCUCUUCAUUCAUCCAUAUCUCUAAGUGGACUUUUCCCACUAAUUCUCUCAAAAGGCCCCAAAUUUAAGACAUUUGAGGGCAUGUCAGUAUUGCAAAGGGUUCGAGCAAUAAUUUGAAUCUUUCAAAGAAAUUACGUCUCUUGAUAAAUUAUUGUCAAUUCUCCUUUUUUGAUUUUUUUCUUGCAGUCUUGCACUUUACCAUAUCGGAUGAUCUAUGGGUUUUUCCUCGAGCGAAAAACAUGGUCUUCUUCCCUCAAGACGAGUAGAUGUUUGGUUAGAAUCGUGUUGCUAAAGGUAUUGAUAAUCUGUGGUCAUCGGUGGUAUUUUUUUCAAGGUAUUUCCCAAUCGGCAUGUCGUUGCCAUUUAGAUAUUAUUUACAUUUAUCUAUAAAUAUGAACAUGGAAUAAUGAUUUCACGUAAUGUGAUCACAAACAGUUUUCAGUCGUAGAUCAUGUCAUGCUGCUCCACGAAAUGCAGAAACUCUUGUGGUUUUCUUACCCAAGAGCUCUGAGACGCAGGAAGCUCUUGCUUUGGCACUUUUCUUACCAUCAGCACAAAGUUGAUCAGGUGGUUUUCAUCAUUUCCUCUUUUAUUUAACGUUCUUGCUCUGGGUUUAGUGAAUGAGAAGGAAGUUGGCUGUUUGAGAUAGUUUGUCAUGUCUUCCACCUCAUGACAUCAUCUUGUAGAACAGCAUGCACAUUUUUUUUUUAAAAGUUAUUAUUGGUAUGAUAAUGAUUUUAUCAAGCAAUAUUCUUUUCAAUGCAUUUGAAAACCCUCAUAACCUCGUUGUGCUGUUCUGACACACUUAACCAAAGAAACACUAAUGUUUACCUAGUGUACUACAGACAAACACAUUGCUAUUUUUGUACGAUACACUAUUUACGACGUGUCAGUUAAUGACUUUUCCUCAGUUUUUAGAUAUGACUGCAUGGGUUUUUAUGCAGGCUGUAGUCACACUAGUGCUUUUAGUUUAGUUGGGCUUCUUUUGACUCUAUGUGACAGUCCAGAGUGCCUUCAAAAUGUUUGCUUUCCUAUCAGAUGAGUUAUUUUAUCAUUAAUAUUUAAGCUGAGGUCCCCCAUGAACAAUGGUGAAGUGACUUUUACAUUAGGCUGCGAAUGGAAUAAUACCGAAGAGCAAUGCGUGUCAAGAGAAAUGUCAAUUUUGUUGGUUUGGGACUAAGGCAUACACUUGUGGUUCUCAUCAUUUUUUUUUUUUUUUUUUUUUCAUUUUUAAACGCCUGUAUGUUCAAAUAAAUUAUUUUUAGGAUUUUUUUUUUUUUGAGAAGUAUGAAAACAGCAAAAAUUUCUCACUGUUGUGCUGCUCAAAGAGCCCUUAUUAGAGUUCAGUCAUGCAUUAAAGAAUAUUUAUCACUCAAAUGGAGGAUUUUCUGUCUUUUUGCCUUUUUUUUUUUUUUUUUUUUCCUCCUCCACUUUCUCUGUAUCUAUUUUCUUUUUCUUUUGUGGCCUUUCCCACUUUUAUGUCACUUUUUAUUUUUGUGCUAUAUUCACUAUAAGCCAGAGUUCAGCUUUACCGUCACAGGAAUACAUUUCUUUUUAAAAUAUAUUAAAAUAGAAAACAAUUAUUUUAAAUUUUAAUAAUGUUUCACAUUAUUAUUAUUAUUAUUAUUAUUAUUAUUAUUAUGUCAUAGUAUAAAUGCAGCCAGAUUCCGUUUCCAUUCUCCUUGAAUAAACUCUAAAUUCAAGUAUAUAUACCAACUGACACUAGAGGGAGUGCUUGCACAGGAUUCACAGUAAACUCUAAGUAUGCUUAAUAAAAUAAACUCAUUAACAGCAUUAGACUAACUUAAUAUAAUGUUACUGAAUCUUACUGUUUCUAUAAUUCAUACAAAUAUCUAGUUUGCCUUGAGCGCGUCAGGAUAUAGACAUCCAAAAUAUUCCUCCUCUUUCAUCAGGAGCACUUGAAAGUGACCUGUGGUUAGUGCGAUCACAGGCGUCCCAUAUGAAGAGCACAUGGCACACAGAGUUUGAGAGUCUGCUGAAUCUAAAAGCAUGCCUCCGCUAUAUCAGGGAAAAAUGACUUAUGCGACCUACAGCACAUUUGACCACCAGCCUGCUAUUGUGGCCUGGAGCCAGUGGUUUGUGGCCUGUAUGUAUUGUUUAGGAAAAGUCUAUUGAUGACACAGCUGUUGGUAAGAGGCCUUUGAGACUGAAGUAAGACCUUUCCAGUAAAUGUGUUUCUUACACUGAAUUGGCAUUUGACAUUUUACUGAACGUUAUGUAUAAAGCAUUUAAAGGAAUAGUUCACCUAAAAAUUAUAAUUUGCUGAAAUGUUCUUACCCUCAGGCCAUGCAAAAAAUAGAUGAGUUUUAUCACCAUAACAGAUUUGGAGAAAUCUUGCAUUUAUAUCACUUGCUCACCUAUGGAUCGUCUGCAGUGAAUGGGUGCCGUCAGAAUGAGAGUCCAAACAGCUAAUAAAAACAUCUCCAUAAUCCACACAAUUCCAGUCCAUUAAUUAACAUCUAGUGAAGCAAAAAGCUGUGUGUUUGCAAGAAACAAAUCCAGUUUGAUGUUUUUAACUUCAGACAGUUGCUUUUGCUAAAAAUGUGUCCUCUAUCCAUAAACAAAUGUGUUGGUGGAUUUUUCUGUGAGAGGAAAACAGGGGAUGGACAUGGAGGAAUCAACACUUUAAGGUUAAAAUGCCUUAUUGUUGGAUUUGUUUAUUACAAAAGCAGAGCUUUAUGUUAACUGAUGGCCUGGAGUUGUGUGGAUUAUUACGGAUUACUGUGAUGUUUUUAUCUGCUGUUUGGAUUUAUUCUGACGGCACCUGUUCACUACAGAGGAUCCAUUGGUAAGUGAUGUAAUGCUAAAUUUCUCCAAAUUUGUUCCCAUGAAGAAACAAACUCCUAUAUGUCUUGAAUGUACAAUUUCCAAUUUUUUUGAACUAAGAUUUUGCUGUUUAAUAUAUUUCAAAUACAUGCAUUAAAUGUAAAAUAAAGUCCUGCCACAUCUUUUUCUAGUUAAACUUAUGCAAGUAAAAUGGCAAAAUUGCAUUUACUGCUUUGCUCUGAUGUGUGCCAGUACACUCAAGUGCUCAAGUGCUUUAUGCUGCGUUUUGUGAAAACCAUGGCAGUGUUUUCUCAGACUAUGGUGCCCUUCAUGGACGUGCGAAGCUGUUCUAUAACGGCCUGCGUUAUGAAACUCGCGACUCAUGCGAAGAGAGCGAAAACAAGAGGUGAUGGUGGGGGUAAACCGGAGGAGGUGCUAUAAUUUGAAAAGGCAGUUGUUUAUUGUUGAAGAGCAUGUAUUUAUUUCAUGGCACCGCAAAUUGUGGCUAAGGGCAGAGCCGGGUCUCGGUGGGUAAUUACAGAGCUCGAGGCAGCGCCCCACCACAGCAGCGUCUCUUAAGAGCCUGUGCCUUCCCUUCUCACACACACACACACACACACACACAGUCAGUGAGGACUUGCCAUCUACUUCCAUUAGACACACUACAUGUACUUGCUGAGGAACAUCAUCACCUGUGUUCUUCACUAAUGAUGCUUCUAGACUUCACUGUACUAUCUGAGUUAUAAUGAGGUGAAUUAGCAUUGUACCAGUCAAAUGUUUGGACUUGGACGUUUGCACUUCUUUCCAGUGUUCUUAGAAAAAUUUAGAAAAGCUAAAGGUUUGUGGUUAAAUGUUUGAAAUUACUUAGCAGACAAAUAUAAACUCUUUUUGUUUUUGUAUACAGUAAAAGUAGUAAGGUUGUGACAUAUUUUUACAAUUUAAAGUAACUACUACUUUCUACUUUUAGUAUAUUUUAAGAUGUAAUUUAUUUCUGGGAGCAGUCAUUCUCCUGUGUUUGUCAUAUGGUGUCUUUCAGAAGUCAUUCUAAUACGCUUAUUUGCUGCUUAAGAAACAUUUCUUACUAUCAUUAUUUAUUCAUUUAUUUAUUUAUUUUUUCAGAAAUCAUUAUACUUUUAUUUUUUUAGAGUCUUUGAUGAAUUGAAAUAUCAAAAGAUCAGCAUUAUUAAUAGAAAUCUUUUGUCACAUUUGGUCAGUUUAAUGUAUCCUUGCUGAAUAAAAGUAUUAAUUUCUCAAAAAUAAAUAAAUAAUAAACGUUACAUACAUUAACUAUGUCAAUUCCUUUACAAAAGUAUUUUUUUUAAAACAUUACUUUAUCUAAUUAUUUAGUUUAUAUCUCACAGCAACUUUAUAUCUUAUGGUUGUGACUUGGUUUAUAUGGUUUAUAUCUCUAAAUUCUGACUAUAUAUUUCCUAAUCUAUUUUUAUACUUCACAAUUGCAACUUUUCUCUCCAAAAUGCAACUCUGUAUCUCAAUUGUAGGUACAAUUUAUAACUCCCAAUCUGUCACUGUGACUAUCUCAUAAAUUCUCAAGUUGGUUAAGUGAUUGCUGACUUGAGUAAAGCUGCAUAAGCUCUAAAGGGUGUCGACUUUGAGAAAGUUAAAAUAUAGUGUUUUUUUUCCAUUAAAUAAUUCAGUUAGUGUUAUCUCAUAGCUUUGAUGACUUUUCCAUUAUUAUAAAAUGUGGAAAAACAGUAGCAAUAAGGAAGGAGUAGGUGUGUCCAAUUUUUUUGGCUGGUAGUGUAUGUCACGUUUGCCACCCAUGAGUCAGAUAUAAUGUAUAUGUAUAUAGGUAGUAAUAGCAGUCUUGUUGAGGUGCUGUAUGUAUAUUUUUGGCACUUUUUCCUCUCUCUUUCAGUCAUUUUGCAAGAUUUCUCUUUGAUUAGCUGCUCUAACAGGAUCCCCCUUCCUGUCUUGGUUUACCCAGUGGGAGGGACCUGCAUUCAAGUACACAGUCGCACCAACUUUGGCACAAAAACAACUUAAUUGCUAGUUUUCAAUUGACAGCGAAUACGUGAACAGAGGUUAGGUAAUUGAGGAAACUGUUAAAUAUUUUCAUGCAUUUUUUUUCCCCCUUGCAUUUUUCUCUUGUUUGUUUCUAAAUCUGUACAUGGAAGUUACGGGAAUUGUUGUUGAGGUGCAGCCCACCUUGCACAUGGUUAUGGAUGUGAUUUGCUAGAAAUAUUCCUAUGAAUCUAAAACAGUCCUUCUGAGGUUUGCUAAAACUGAAAUACAUUGAAUAUCAACAGAACAUGCUAAUUUGGUCACAAACUCACAGACAUGCAAACAUUUAAAAUAUGUACAAAUAAAAACAAGUAGCUGUUUGUUUUAUCUAUAGAGAAAAGCAUUAUGGACGGAGGUGAAAAUGAAUCUUGAGAUAUUUAAGACAAUCCUUACUGUGGUUUAAAAUGAAGGAUGUCUUGCUUUUUUGGGAGUGAGGUUUGUGGUCUCCUCACUGAAGAAACAUCUACUAUGUGGUUAUGCAGCUUCUUUUAGUUGCUUGGAAUUUUGACAUAUGGAGUUAUUCAGGACUUGAGAUCUUCCUGUGGCUUUGUGUUACAAAGUUGGCCAUAAGAAGAUUAAGUGUGUGUGAGAACAGAUCAAAAUUUGAGAUCCACUGUCAAAAGAUAAUAGCGACUUUGAGUUUAUGAUGUUACUUAACCUUUGUUAAAAGUAAAUUAUAGGAGUAUGUAUAGAAGUGUAGGAGAAAAAAAAAAAAAAUAUAUAUAUAUAUAUAUUAUAAACACACGUUUGUUUUUGUGAAUUGUAGGGAAAUUCCAUAGGCGUAAUGGUUUUUAUACUGUACAAACUAUAUUUUCUGUCGCCCUACACCUAAACCUACCCCUUACAGGAAACUUUGUGCAUUUUUACUUUCUCAAAAAAACUCAUUCUGUAUGACUUAUAAGCCUUUUGAAAAAUGGGGACAUGGGGCAAUGCCCUCAUAAGUCACCUUCUCCUUGUAAUACCUAUGUCAUACCCAUGUCAUUAUACAAAUUAGUGUCCUCAUAUGUCACACACACACACACACACACACACACAUGUAUGUAUAUAAAAAUGAACAUUGUUUAAAAAAAUGUCAACAUUUUGUGAAACUAUACUAUACUAUACAAACAACUAGAAAAAAGUCAGUUCUGCU